GAUACGCGUAGCUACUGACGCUGAACCGCGUCCCAACUUCCUUACCAAAUUUACAUGUCUGCAUGCGUUAUUGUAAAUCUUUUAGUUACGUAGCUGCGUACCUAAGUUAAUUUUCUUUUUAUCAUAAACAACAACAGCAUAACAACAGCAGUAACGGCACAACGUUCAUCACUCUCCUUUACCAAAAUAAAAAUAAAAAGUUGGCGUUAGUCUUGCUAAUAUGAAUUAAUGCGCCCCGGUAUCGCAUUACUCUUCUCUUUUUUCUUUCUUUCGCCGAAUAGUUUAUCGACGUAUCGACAUAACGAUUUCCCAAAGUCCCAAGAUUAAACUUCUGUUAUCACAAUCGUCCGCAACCGGUUCGGUUAAGUUUAUUCCUCGAGCGCCGACGCGCCUGCCAUUAUGGAUGGUCAUUUGAAAGAGGAGCAGUCGGACUCGACGGUCCAAACCGUUGACGAAAUGGCCUUGGAAUACUAUAGAGAAGACUCGGUAUUAAAACCCGUUUCUGCCCGUGCGCACACCGACGAUUGGCCUUGUUUUCUACUUACCGGCGCUACGGUAUUUCACAAGGAUGGCACCUUAGCAAAUCUACUGCAUGUUGAUUUGGAAGGUCCCUUGAUUGUUCGUGGAAAGCUUGAAAUUGAGAAGGACCAGGAGAAAUUCCUUAUUAACCGACACAUGAAAGACCGUUCGCCAUAUAUCCAACUCCAGGACACGGUAUCCUUCUCAAUCGGCCUUAAGGAAGAUAAACCUCCCAUGCCAGUGCUGUGGGCUAGUGGCGGAGCAGGUUGGUAUGAGAUCGUUCCGUCUGAUUCUUAUAAGGAUAUAUGCAACAUUAUGUUCCAAGGCAUCUCUCUUCACUAUGCGAUACUUGACCAGUAUGAAGCUGUACUAGAGAGUCUUCACAGGACAAAGAAAAACAGAAAUAAGACACUUAGAGAUGUCAAAUUGGACUUGAACCACGUUCUCAUUAAGUAUGCAGUAAACGUUGGCGACGGUAUCACAUCUGCCGAGGCAAAACAGCGAAUUAACGACCAAGCAAUCUUCUUGCUUUCUCAUUUUCCCAAGGAUACCGAAUUUUAUCGCAUGUUGGCUCAAGAAUGUCCUAAUAUUGUGCAACGACUUGCCGCAAAGGAGUCGAACGAAGCUAAGGCAGCCACAAGCUCAGAACCUAGCACAUUAGUUGCGGUUCCUUAUCGAGAUCAACAGAGGUCUAGUUCUCUUGAAGGUACCAACAGUAAAAAAAGGGGUAGGCCUUCGUUACGGAAUUCGACGUCAAGACAUCUGCAAGAUGCUGAGGCUACCAACCAUCAGUUUGCUGAGACAAUAGAGGCUGCAAGCCGUAUAGCAGUCCAGCCUACCGUAGUCAAGCAGGAAUUACCAGCGAAUGCUGAGUUCAGACCUGUCGAUGAAAGUUCUAAUAUGGGCGCAGCUAGUUCUCGCCCUAAGUAUAACCGACCCAGAGAAUAUCAUAACGCAGAAAAGCAAGCUGACGCACGCGCAUCGGAGGAACUCAGUGCGGCCGCAGAAACUGACAUACCUCGCCCAUUGCUACAUAAAGACGAAAGCUCUGGCGCGGAUAUCCGUUCAGGUAUCGAUCCCUCUCUAUCUGUCGUCCUUGAAGUUUUGCGUGAUUUCCGAGAGUCACUACUUGCACUCCCUCCACAUGAGAGGACAAAGACCCCAGAUCAGUUGUCUCCCAGUACUUGGUGUAACAAGCUUUAUCGCGAUUUAAGUGUCAAAAAGCCUCGGGCGCUAGCCGAAGUCUGCAAAUACUACGCCAAAGAUCUCCUGCGUCUACUUGGGCCAGAGUGGUAUCCGAGCAAGUUUUACAAGUGGCUAAAGGCAAACGUUGACUCGGUGCCAAGCUUCGAGGACCUGCCAGAGGAACAGAUGAGAAAUAUCCACAAACGCAGGAAGAAGGGCCAGCCUCGCGAAACCCGACAAUCCUACACAAGUUCACCUUCUUACACAAGUCCUGCUCCUUCCUGGAGUCAUCUUUCUCAUGCGAAUCGUCCUUCCUUAAACCAAUCUUCCUACGAACUUCCAACCGCCAUGGAUUACCAGCAGCCAGAAGAGAAGGCUCAAGGAGCACAACCGCCCCAUAGAGUCCGCACCAGCGGUAAGGUAGCAGGACUGCGCCCGUCUAUUGGAGGCAAGAAACGACUACUUCGAGAUCCUAACCUUGGUGAUGAUGAAAUGGAGCUAGACGACGACGGGCUGCAGAAGAAAGUAUCUAAGAAGUCACGUUAUUCUGCUAGUGACGGCGAACAUGACGGCGAGCAAGGUGCAACCGCUUCUUCCGGCAACGAGUACAACGCGGAAGAUGAGGAUGCCUUCGCAACUGGCGUAGUUGGCAGCUCAACAAAGCCUUCGAAACCCAAUAGAGAUGGUGUGAUCGAAGCAUGGAAAUGCGAAGAACGUGGUUGCAGCUACGUCGUUCAGGUAGAGGACGAGGAUGACGCCGAUGCCCUUAUAAUGCACCAUUAUGAAUUGCACCAUAAGGAUGCUCGACACAAAAAGUAUACGUCAAAGCGGGUGGAGAUACAGAGCAUAAUUCGCGAGGAGUCCCGCAUAGCAGGUGGUGCUCCUAUCAACUUCCUCCUUAAGAAAGUAGGUCGACAUACUGCGCUCCUCGAGGACCUCGCGAAGACAGAGUAUCAGGUGACCCUGGAAGUAGAACGCCAAAGUCGUCGCAAGGUAAGACUUCAAGCUCAGGAGACGCAGCUUCAGAGCCAAGAGAAACAACUUCAGUACCAGGACACGGAACUUGACGUUGGGGACGUGCCGGAGCCUAAGGAGCGCGACACUCUACAGUAGAUUUACCUACGAGAUUUAUACUUAUGCACGGACAUGACGACACGACGGUUCUUUUUCUUUUUCUUUUUAUUUCUUGCGUUUGAGGUUCUGAUUACUACAGCAAUCGGAGCCCUGGAUAUGUCAUGGGGCCUUGAUACGACACUUACAACAGACGGAUGAUACCCCCUUUGCAUUUAACAUGGUCGCUCGGCGCUGGUGAAAUUUUUGUGUUUUCAACUUCCAAUCAUAUCCUCCUAGAGAACAAUUUUUCGUUUUUUUAACGAAUCACUCGGGAGGAAAUUUUGCACGUUUUUUUCUGGUUUUAGCCAAAAAAAAGCAAAGUUAUGAGUCCCGCGAGGGCAUCAUUCAACGUGCUACUAUUUCUAACGAUCUAGAUCGAGAGGCUUUGCGUUACGCUUCCUCAUCGUUCUUUUUGUCUCACACAACUUG